AUGGGCGUACAGAAGGCAACCGCGAGGCAAGCGCUGCUCUGUCCAAAGCCCGGUCGCGUACUUCUGAGAAAGCACCUCCGUAAGCGGAAGAAGUUUAGCUCCAAAGCUCCGCUCGUGUCCAGGCCUUGGUGGUCGGAGCUACCGGGCUGGAUUGCUCUCCAUGCCGAGAGAGGGCCAGUGCGCAAAUGCUGGGAAGGCCAUCGACUAGUUCUCGACAGCCAGGAUGGACGGCGGCAUGGAUGCUGCAGCAGGUGCUUCGAACAGCCCGCGGCUGGCGAGACCGUCCUCGUGUGCCAUGCGUGCUCAUGGACUCGUUGCAUGGCCUGCGCGGCCAUGCCCCGACUGCCAAGGCUAUCGGAAGAUCCGCUAUUUCAUGGUCCAAACCUGCCGUGCUUGCUCAAGCCACCUUUUGGCGAGAAGGCACUUGCAGGCAAUGGAACUGUCAUCGUCUGUCCCGGCGGGAAUUACGAGUUCCUAUGCCCAAACGAAGGAUUGCCAGUGGCGGCUUGGCUGGCGAGGCAUGGGAUCCAAGCGCUGGUUUUGCGUUACCGACUUUUGCCACGGCACAGCCUUGAGGAUGCACUUGCCGACCUCGAGGCAGCAGUGGCCCUGGUUCGACGGCACAAAGACGGACCAGUGGCCGCUGUUGGAUUCUCUGCAGGAGGGCACUUGGUAGCAUCUCUCAACUUGCGCCUGGCCAAGAAGGACAGGUCCAGCGGCGGGCCCCUUGACGCGCAGGUUUUGGUGUAUCCUUGCAUUGAUGGCUCCGGCUGGGGGAAGCCGGGCAAUGCGGGGUUCUGGGACCCAGCCUGCCACAAGAACGCCGAUGCACUGCUGGAAGGCCAGCAAGCUCUCGUCGGAGGACGUGGAUUUGCAGCGCCGCCAAGCUUCAUCGUGGGCUCUACUGGCGAUGCCGUGUGCCCUGCCAAGGUUCACACUGAUCCAUACGUCGAGGCGCUUCGCAAAAGGGGAAUCACCCACGAGUACAUUCGUGGAAACCUUGGGGAGCAUGGCUUCGGGUUGGACCCAUGUUGGAGCAGUGCUGCCUUGCACUGGCUGCAGAAGCGCGGCUUCGGGAAGAAGAGCCCCGCUCGCUCCUGGGCCGGCAGCCGCCUGGCCACACGGCUCCCAGGACUGUCGGGCCCACGACACCUGACGAGUGCCAGCUUGUUCUAG